AUGGUCACAACUCGAGCUGCACGAGGAGUGGGGAAGGAAGUCAAUUACAAAGAAACAGCAACACGAAAAAGGAAUAAUCCACAAGAUGUACCGGCAUUACAAGCCACCAAACGGAGGAAAAAAGCCAAUGGUAAAGCAAAAACACCGGUGAGAUCACUUCCGACACCUGCAACACAGAAUGGUCCAGCUCCACCACCGACUUCUUCCCCAACAGCACAUCACAGAGACUUUGCAAGAACACCGUCGCCGUGGGUAAAAGCGCCGGUGAAAGCGUCAGCAAAUGUGGACUUUGAAUACGAAGCUCCUCCUUCUCGAUGCCAUUCACGGAUGAGCGAUCGGGCUAGUCCAUGGAAGUUGCCAACUCAAAAACUUCUCAAUAAAGUGAAUCAAUGGAUGUGCAGAAUACCGGGAGCCAUUACCAUCACUCAAGCGUCGCCACCAAGAACACCCAGUCCUGUAAGGUAUUACUCGGAUUCCGAAUCUUCUUGUCCGCGGAGAACCGGCGGAGGAUCUGUGGAUAGGAACAAAAACACACCUGAAAAAGUUGUUGGACCACCAGAAGAAUUUCCACGAAAACCACUCCCUCCAAGACGGCCACCAAAAAAGCGGAUACCGUACGAAAGGCGUCGGUCAUGCACUCUAACACCUGAACGACCAAUGCGUGAUCCGAAGCCGCGAUUUAGGAGUAAGAAAAAAGCCAGAGCUGCUGCUGCUGCUAAGGCUGCUGCUGCUGCUAAGGCUAAUGCUGUCAGGGCUGCUAGAAAAGCAUUUGCUAUUGCUGCAAAAAUGGCAGCCACUACUGUUCCAGGAACUUCAGGCUCAAAUCCAGCUCCGCAACCGGCUAAUGGUGUAGCUAAUGGUAAACUUCCUGGCAUUGGUGUACGUCCACGUAUACGGCCAAUAUAUCGUCCAGAACCAGUUCCUAGUACUGCUGCUGGUGCUGCCCAACGUCCAGGUCCUCCUGCUGCUGGUGCCGCCCAACGUCCAGGUCCUCCUGCUGCUGGUGCUGCCCAACGUCAAGGUCCUCCUGCUGCUGGUGCUGCCCAACGUCAAGGUCCUCCUGCUGCUGGUGCUGCCCAACGUCAAGGUCCUCCUGCUGCUGGUGCUGCCCAACGUCAAGGUCCUCCUGCUGCUGGUGCUGCCCAACGUCAAGGUCCUCCUGCUGCUGGUGCUGCCCGACGUCCAGUUCAAGAAAAAGCUCCAAAUGCUGGUCCACCUGGUAUUCGCAAUGCAGCUCAACAGCCAGCAAAAAGUAUCAAAAAGAAAGGAUCACCUAUACUGCUUCAUGGACCCAUAACAAGUUGGAAGGCAUUAUAUCGAUCUGUACGGAAACCAACAAGUUCAACAAAAUCGACACGAUCCUCAUCGUAUGGAAUAAAAUUCCCGGUUGUGUUAUUGGAAGAAGAAACUCGGAUAUCCAAUCCACCACGGCCGCCACGAAGAAGGACCAGUUCGGAUUCAUUCCUUAUAGCGAUGAAAGAAAUCGAUGCAAGAAGAGUGAAGGCGCGGGCAGAAGAAGAGAGGAUCGAGAGGGAGAGAAAGGAAGCAGAGGAGGCCGAGCUGAAACGGUUAGGCCUAUGGAAACCACCAAAGCCGCCACAAGUCGCCAGAAAACUGUCCCCAAGACCACCAUUUAUUAUCAGUAAUGAACGAGCGGGUCCAACACCUUCAGUGGUCACACUGAGCUCCGACACUACAAAACCACCGAGUCCACCACCAAAGAUUGUUCUGCCAGAAGGUUUUCAAUUCUUCCCACAAAGUAUCCAUACAAUUAAUGUACCCAAGAAGAAAACUCCGGUCAAGUCGAUUUCCAUUGAAGUGGUCAAAGUCGUCGAAGCACCACCGCCAACACCGAUUCCGGAGCUGGGUCCAGGGAUAUCGUGUUCAAUUGACUUCCUCAUGUAA